AUGAGACCCACGCCGUCCCUCCAGAAGAUGCUGCGGCGCCUACCGCUCUCCCCCAAACAAGCCGGCAAAGAAUACUACAAGGGAAACCGCGUAGGGUCAAUGGGAACAAUCAACAGAUUCGGAAACUUCACACCAGACUGGAGCAAGAUACGGACGUUUGUGUACCCACUUCACGGCACCAAGAACAGCGAGUUGACACCCUUCGUCGACGCAAGUUUAGAAAAGGUACGGGAAACCGACGCCGGCAAGGUCGAGAAUUACGAGAAGCGAUUCACCGGCGAGGAUUACCUAAGGGCGUGGAAGAUGGCUGGUGGACAUGAUAUUGUCGAGAUGGGGAGUAGGGCGGUAGAUACGGGCAGGAAUAUGCCGACACCGUUCGAAGAGAGGCCUGCGACCAAGUCAUGA